CUUCGUGAAAAGUGUUUGUCCCUGGAACAUAACCCUCAGCAGCAACGCGUGGCAGCCCAUAGUCCGCAGGGCCCACUCCAACCACGACCUCCUCCACGCCGUGCGACUGGUGCCCCAGCUGAUCAACAAGCCUUUAGAGCCGCAGGAUUUGCUGCCAGCAGAACCGCAGCUGCAGCAGCAGCUGCUGCUGCUGAAGCAGCAGCAGCGACAGCUGCAGCAGCAGCAGCAACUGCUGCUGCAGCUGCUGCACCAAGAGACCCUUGCAGACACACCAAACGACCAGCAGCAGCAGCAGCAGAAAGAGAAGAAUGACUACCAAAACAUGCAGCUGCUGCACCUGCAGCGGCUGCAGCAGCAAGAGCUGCUGCAGCAGCAACUGCAGCUGCUGUGGUGCCAGCAGCAGCGGGUUGAGCAGCAGCUGCAGCAGCACAGAGAAAUGCACGGCCUCGCACAGCAGCAGCAGCAGCAGCAGCAGCAGCAGGAUUCGGAGCGUUUCUAUUCAGCAGCUUCUCACGAGGACGCCUCUGCUGCAGCAGCAGCAGCAGCGUCUGCUGCUGCUGCUGCCAGCAACCAGCAGCAGCAGCAGCAGCAGCAGCAGCAGCAGCAGCACAGCGUCCCUUCCUGCGUCAUUUCCUCGGAAACUGCUGCUGCCGUUGCUUCUCCUGCAGGAGCCCCGGUAGCACCAGCAGCAGCAGCAGCAGCAACAGCAGCAGCAGCAGCAGCAGCAGCAGAAAUGCCUGAGGGAGAUGUGCUGCAGGAUGAGUCCGGAGAUGACAGCGACGGCAGCGAAGAAGAACUGGAGGCGCCGCUGCUGCCCCCGCUGCGGCUGCCGCAGCAGCAGCAGCAGCAGCAGCAGCAGCAGAAACAACAGCGACCUGGCUGCUGUCGAGAGGGUCCGCAGCAGCAGCCGCAGCAGCAGCAGCAGCUGCUGCUGCUGCAGCAGACAGAGGCCGCCUGCUGCUGCAGCCCGACUCGAGUGCGCCACGGGGCUGCGGAAAGUGAGCAGCAGCAAGAGCAGCAGCAGCAGCAGCAGGGAGCUUGCUGCCUGCAGCAGCAGGACCAAGAAGGUGCUGCGGCACUGCGCAACCGAGGUCCUGCUGCUGCUGCUGCUGCUGCUGCUGGUAGUUCAGACUCUGCUGCUGCUGCUGCUGAUAGCAGCAGCGUGGCUUCAUUAAGCUGCUGCAGCAGCAAACUCUGCAAAGGCCGCCAGAGGCGCAGCAACAGGAUGAGCAGCAGCAGCAGCAGCAGCAGUAGCAGCGGCAGCGGCAGCGACAACAGCAUCAGGACCAGCAACAGCAGCAGCAGCAGCAAGAAUAGAAGCAGCAAGUACUGCAGCAAACGAAAGGGAACUGCAGCAGCAAGAUGGAGGAAAGCCUUAGCUCCAGCGCAUGCAUCUUGGAGCUGCUGCUCCCCCUCACCUACCCAUGAUGCAGCAGCAGCAGCAGCAGCAGCAGCAGAACAGCCGGAAGCUGCUGCUGCUGCUGCUGCUGCUGCUGCAGCAAACCCAGGAGGUGCAGUGCAGUCCUCGCCUGCGGUUUGUCUGGCAGCACCAACAGCACCUCCCCCUAGCAGCAGCAGCAGCAGCAGCAGAAGCAGCAUUGGCAGCAGCAGCUGCAGCAGCAGCAGCAGCUGCAGCAGCUGCAGCAUUUGCAACGGCAGCGGCGCCAGACACAAGAGGAGCCCGACACCUGAAAGCUGCUGCUGCUUUGAUGCCAUUGGGGGGGACAACCUGCAGCAGCAGCAGCAGCAGCAGCAGCAGCAGCAGCAGCAGCUGCAGCUGCAGCAACAGCUUCUAAGCGCAGACCCAGAAACAGCACAGCCGCCGCUUUCCUUAAGGCACUACCAGGAGCAGCAGCAGCAGCAGCAGCAGCAGCCGCAGCAGCAGCAGCAAACAGACCUGCAGCAGGAGGAAAAUGCGAGACAGGCACAGCAGCAGAAGCAACAGGAGCUGCAGCAGCAGGAGAAGCAGCAGCAGCAGCAGCAGCAGCAAAAGCAAGCGGGAACUGCCGACCAGACAACAGAGCAGCAGCAAUUGAUGACUGCAACGCCGGCUGCAGCAGAUCCUGCUGCUGCUGCUAUUGCUGCUGCAGCAGCAGAGACAGGAAGUUCCUUGGAUCUUCGUGCUGCCGCUGCAGUGCCCACAGCAGCAGCAGCAGCAGCAGCAGCAGCACCAUCAGCAGCAGCAGCAAUAGCAGCAGCCCCUGGCUGUGGCCUGCUGCCUUCAGACUCACCGCAGCAGUUGGCGUUGCUGCUGCAGCAGCAGCACGCCGCCCUUGUGUGCAUGCAGCAGCAGCUGCUGCUGCUGCAGCAAGCUCUCGCAGAAAAGCAAACUGCAGCAGCAGCACCCCAGCUGCUGCUGCCGCCAGGUGGCUGCUACGCGCCUGCUGGAGCAGGCGCUGCUGCUGCUGCUGCUGCAGCCCCGUGGCAGCAGCAGCAGCUGCAGCAGCAGUUGCAGCUGCAGCAGCAGCACCCAGUCUCUUUGCCUUUGCCAGUGCUGCCUCCCCCCACUCCAUUUUGUGUGCUGCUGCCGCAGCAGCAGCAGCAGCAGCAGCUGCAGCAGCUGGUUCCACUGCAGCAGGUGGUGAGCCCGCAUCUUCCCACGCCGCAGCAGCACCCGCUGCUGCUGCUGCAGCAGCAGCAGCAGCAACCGCAGCAGCAGCAGCAGCAUUUUGUCUCUUUCGAUGAGCAUAGGGCCCCUGGCUGCCUGCAGCAGCAGACCUUCAGUGGUGGCUGCUACUUCGACUCCCCGCCCCAAGUGGGCAGCAGCAGCAGCAGCAGCAGCAGCAACAGCAGCAGCAGCAGCAGCAGCAGCAGCAGCAGCAGCAGCAGCACUAAUUUGCAGGAGGGCCCUUUUGUUUCCCCUGGCUUUCCUUCGUCUCCUCUUUGCGACGUUCAAGCCAACAGCCGACCCGCAGCAGCAGCAGCAGCAGCAGCAGCAACAGCAGCAGCAGCAGCAGCAGCAGCAGCACCAGCAGUAGGUGCAGCAGCGGCAGCUGCAGCCGCCCAGAUCACCACUGCAGCAGAAGCAGCAGCUGGUGCAGCGAGUACAGCAGCGGUGGUAGCAGCAACUGCUGCUGCAGCUGCUGCCACUACCAGCUUAACAGCAGCAGCCCCUGCUGCAGCAGCAGCAGCAGCUGCAGCAGCAGCAGCUGCAGCAGCAGCAGCUGCUGCUGCAGCAGCUGCUGCAACAGAAGCAGCAGCAGGUAGCUGCGCUGCAGCAGCAGCAGAUAGGAACGCUGCAGCAGCAGACAGGCAUGCAGCAGCAGCAGCUGCUGCUGCGGCAGAUAUGCACAUUGCAGCAGCUGCUGCUGCAGCUGCAGCAGCAGCAGACAGGCGCACUGCAGCAGCAGCUGCAGCAGCAGCAGCAGCAGCUGCAGCAGCAGCUGCAGCAGCACGGCGCAGCAGCUGCAAAGCCAAAAAAGCAAAUUGA